AUGGUGUUGAUUAAGCUCAUUGUGAGUAACAUCCGCAGGAAGGUGCUGGUGGCCAUCCGGGGCCUGCUUGAGGACGGCUGGCUAGGCCAACAUAAGAAAGUUUGUUUGCGUUGGUUGGGUUCUUCUUUGAUCACUGCUUCCUAUUUGAUCACUGUUACAUCUGAGCACUCUUCGAUCACUGCUGCAUCUGAGCAGUACUAA